AUGACACGCGCAGCUGAUGAUUCGCCCCCGGUUUGCCCCUCCAAUGGCGACGGCGGGUCACAAAGUUAGCUAUAAUAAUUUAGUGACGACAACGAGAUGGGGCUAAUGUCUAUGAGCUGACGGGAUAUACCCAAAAUCGGCUGCGCGUGGAAUUCCUCAGGAGCUGUCCCAAGCUAUGUGAACUACUACCCUGGCUUGGGAAGUGGCAUUAUAAAGGUUAUAAAAAAUCCCUAAACUGCUUCUUUGCAAUCCCAGAAGUCGUUGAUAUCUCCAAAGUCGCAAUUCAAGCAAUAUCUCUCCCUUACAGAGCACAUUCCUUCGCCGAGGCAGUCGUUCGAAUGGCAUCUCCAAGCAACAAUACCAGGCAGGGAUCGCUUUCCAAUCCGGUAGAUACUCCGUCUUCCCCGACUGAGCAAGGUCCUCAGAUGGAAUCAGACACACCCUCUUGCGCUCUUGAUGGACAGCCCGGUGAAGUGAGAUUAUUGUGCUUUGAUCUCUUGAUUUCCUGUUUCUAAUAGCAGAUAGACUUCAUCGAGCGGGGCCAACGCUGAAGCACGUUCAUAUGGUAGUGAGUCUAGGGGUGAGAAUGCCACCAGUGGGCCUCCUGGUACCGAUGGAUUUGGCUAUCCGCCCGGCGGACAGCCUCCACAGCAAAAUCAGGAGGAUUCGUUUUGGGUGUGCUGCGGUGGGGUCCACUCUAUUUGUCCCCGCAAUGGUGUCUGGCUUCGGGCGAACACCCCCGCCUGUCUAGAUUGCGAGCAUAGGGUGUGCCCCAACUGUGAGCUGAAGCAGACGGAGUGAGGGUGAGGCAGUGGGACAGCUAGGGGAUCUGGGCUCGGGAGUUUUUCCUUUUCGUCGAGUUGCUCUUUCUUUGUUCGCGCUCUACCUUUCCGAGUUCGGUAUAUUUUUAUCACAGCGCUGCUGUUGCUGCUGUUGCCUUUUAUUUUUGUUGGGUUAUAAGAGCUGGCCUCUGCUAGUUUCGGGGAGGCCAUUUUUUCAAGUUUUCUACACCCCCUGCAAUCAGAUUGUUUUGUCGAGUUCCAGAUGAGUGGGCAUGGGAGAUUGUGCUCUACCUCUCGUGCUGUCAAUGUGCAUGCUGAUGAACUUGGUAUCAUGUGGUUUGGGUCGGACAAUUGGAGGUGUAGGAUCUGGCCUUGGGCUCCUGGGAUGGAGGUUGCAAAUGGUAUGCAAAUACUCUCGUCGGUUGUGCCUGUGUCUACUUGAUGAAUCCAGGUUCACAAUUAGGAAGCGUACCUAAUAUCUCCUAACGUGCUCUAUAGUCUCUCCGUACACUAGAUACUAGGCGAUGGACUUCGACCACAGUAUGUUUGUGUUAUGGGCUCCCAGGAUAGGAGGAUCAAGGCAAUUUAGCAUCCCCAUUUCACCCCGACUCUAGUACAAGUUGCGGAACCGUAGAUGAUGGUAAACCAUAAUUAUCGCAUUGGGCCCUGUUGCUAUGGUAGGGUUAGUC